GCUCGCGAUGCCGCACCACUAUGACUCCUCCGCACAGUUUCGCGAUACGGGACCUGCUUCCGGAGGCCUCCUCGCGCUCGCCGUCGCCCUCCGACACCGAGCUCGACGUCACCGGCACCGAGACCCCGCCGCCCGGGUGCUCCUCUCAAGCCGGCGACGACAAGAAAAAAAACGAAAAACCAGCUUACAGCUACAACGCGCUGAUCAUGAUGGCGAUCCGCAGCAGCCCCGAGAAGCGGCUCACGCUCAACGGCAUCUACGAGUACAUCAUGAGGAACUUCCCGUACUACAAGGAGAAUAAGCAGGGCUGGCAGAACUCGAUCCGGCACAACCUGAGCCUGAACAAGUGCUUCGUGAAGGUGCCGCGGCACUACGACGACCCGGGCAAGGGCAACUACUGGAUGCUGGACCCGUCGUCGGACGACGUGUUCAUCGGGGGCACGACGGGCAAGCUGCGGCGGCGGUCGACGGCGGCGUCGCGCUCGCGGCUGGCGGCGUUCAAGCGCGGCGCGGCGCUGCACCCGAUGUUCGGCGGGCCCUACGCGUCGCUGGUGGGGCUGUACCCGCCGCUGCUGUCGGUGUACGGGCGGUACGCGCUGCCGGCGCCGCUGCUGCGCCUGCCGCCGCCGCCGCACGCCUACCACCAGCUCUACCGGCGCCUGCACGCGUUGGCGCCGCCGAGCCCGCCGCCGGACCCCGACCCGGUCCAGCACAGCUAGGGCCCCGCGUGCGUGUAUACAGACUGUGAUAGUGCGAGCCGCGAGGACGCCGAGUGUAUUAUAAUCGAAUUCGAAUCUGUAAAAAGUGGUAUCGCUAUUUAUUAUUAUUAACUUAAGAUUCUAUUUAAUGAAUUUAAUUUAAUGUUAAGAUAACUAAUAUGAGAUUAUUGGGCGCAAUAAAUGUUUCUAAGCUGAAGCUUG